UAGUCAUAUGAUUGAAAUUUCCUAUGAUCAGUUGAACCAAUUUUUUCAUCUUGUUUAUAGUUGAGCUAUUCUAUUAGCAAAAUUCAAAUCGGCUGAUAACAGUAUUUGCAAGAAACACAAGCAAACUAAUCUUGCUUUUGUUGUCUUGUUGAAUUCUAUAAAAAUAUUUGUUUGAAUACUUUAAUUUCAAGUAAUUUGAACCUCGUCUUUUAAUUCAACAAAACCUAAUUCAAAAUGCGUGAAUGCAUAUCAGUUCACACUGGCCAGGCCGGAGUGCAGAUUGGAAAUGCGUGCUGGGAGCUGUAUUGCCUUGAGCACGGGAUCCAGCCUGAUGGCCAAAUGCCCUCUGAUAAAACAGUCGGUAGCGGCGAUGAUAGUUUCAACACAUUCUUCAGUGAAACGGGAGCAGGGAAGCAUGUGCCCAGAGCUGUUUUCGUUGAUCUUGAACCUACAGUAGUUGACGAAGUAAGAACCGGAACCUACAGACAGCUUUUCCACCCAGAACAAUUGAUAACAGGAAAAGAGGACGCCGCCAAUAACUAUGCACGAGGACACUACACAGCCGGCAAAGAAAUCGUGGAUCUGGUUUUGGAUAGAAUCAGGAAGCUUGCAGACCAAUGCACAGGCCUGCAAGGAUUCUUGAUAUUUCACUCGUUCGGUGGUGGAACUGGGUCUGGCUUUGCAUCCCUCCUCAUGGAACGUCUCUCUGUCGAUUACGGCAAGAAGAGCAAACUGGAGUAUGCUAUCUACCCUGCUCCUCAAGUUUCAACAGCAGUUGUGGAGCCCUACAACUCAAUUCUAACAACACACACAACUCUGGAGCACUCAGAUUGUGCUUUCAUGGCAGACAACGAGGCGAUCUACGACAUUUGCAGAAGAAAUCUGGACAUUGAGAGACCCACCUACACAAACCUCAACAGACUGAUUGGCCAGAUAGUAUCGUCGAUCACCGCCUCCUUGAGAUUCGACGGAGCUCUCAACGUGGAUCUCACAGAAUUCCAAACCAAUCUAGUCCCCUACCCGAGAAUCCACUUCCCUCUAGUCACUUAUGCACCAAUCGUGUCGGCUGAGAAGGCCUACCAUGAACAGCUGUCUGUCAAUGAGAUAACCAACUCUUGCUUUGAGCCAGCCAACCAAAUGGUGAAGUGCGAUCCCAGACAUGGCAAAUACAUGGCCUGCUGCAUGCUGUAUAGAGGUGAUGUCGUUCCCAAGGACGUGAAUACAGCAAUCGCCACUAUCAAGACAAAGAGAACAAUACAAUUUGUUGACUGGUGCCCCACAGGCUUCAAGGUUGGAAUCAACUACCAGCCGCCGACGGUGGUGCCGGGAGGCGAUUUGGCGAAGGUGCAGCGCGCCGUAUGCAUGCUGUCCAACACAACGGCCAUUGCGGAGGCGUGGUCAAGGCUGGACCACAAGUUCGACCUGAUGUACGCCAAGCGCGCCUUUGUGCACUGGUACGUCGGUGAGGGUAUGGAGGAGGGAGAGUUCAGCGAGGCUCGCGAGGACUUGGCCGCACUCGAGAAGGACUACGAGGAGGUCGGCAUGGAUUCGAUUGUCGGAGAGGGCGAGGGUGAAGAAGCCUAGAUACACCCCAAUCUUCAUCUUCAGCUACCCCAAUCUUUUGUUAUAUCAUUUUUAAACACCUCAAUAUUUUGUUACAUCAUUUUUAAACGCCCCAACCUUCAUUUUAACUUUGAAAAUUUCAGCGUUCCAAUGUUGAUAACUUGUUCUGUAACGUUUUUGAGCAAUUUAUUGUUGCUGAACUUUUGUGGAAUGUAUAUUGUUUUCUCAAUUCCUUCAUGGAAAAUGAAUUGAGAAUACAUAACUUGAGAAAUUUGAAGGGAGUUUUGACGAUGAGAAUAUUUAUAUGAACUUCGAUUUUAAUGAUAGAAAAUUAAUGAUAUUCAACUUGUUUUGUUUCAAUAAUUGUUGAAAUAAAUUUAAUACUCAACUGGAAAAAUGAU